GGCGCUGAGUCGAAUGGUCUUGGUCCGAAGUCUCUACGACGAAGCGUUCUUGAGAUAUUUCACUUUGAAAUUGCAAAAACGGGGGCCGCGCCCUGACGUCAUGCGGCCAUUUGGUUACAUCAUCACGGGCUGCCUACGUCAUUGUGGCAAAGUCGUUUCUCUUCGCCAAUCUACAAGCACUAAUUUUAGUUGGUAUUUCAAGGGAAGAUGAGCGAUUCCGAACAUUCCUCUGUCUCCAGCAAUGAAGGCAGUGAUGCUGAGGCCAGUGAAGAUGACCAACAGCCCACCGCCGCGUAUGGUUGGGGCAGGGAGCCCAGAUACUCUGCUGAGGAGCUGGCAUCGCGUGUAGUAAAUGUUGAGGAAGAAGAUGCCUCAGCAGCUGCGUCCGACAUGAUUGAGGAGGAGUACGCUUGGCCACCAGUAUCGCGAGUGGGAAACACCGACUGGUGCGAGUGUGGACAAAAGUGUACGGCCAUGCCCAACCGCUUGGAAUGCCUUUGUUGCCAAGAUGCAGCCGUCACUGUUGAGUUGGUGAGACGGUACGACGUCUCUUGCAUUACUGACCUGGCAGAUUACGAUAUCGUAAUCUUGCACCGAGGUGUGCUGAGUACUGCUCUACGAGGUUACUUCGACAUGCGAAAGCAACCCAUGCCUGUGACGGAAGAACCUGACAACAGAUCUCUACGCUAUGCGGCAUACAGGCAGUACACAUUGUAUGUACAUGGAAAGCUGGGCAAGCACGUUCGUUGUCGAAUUCCAGCCUGCGUUGUCAACACCAUCAGGCAAAGAUAUCCUAAUCCUGCAGGUGUUCCUUAUCAAGGUUUCAAUGAGGCAAGUGAAGACAUUGCACAGUGGCCAGAAAACUAAUACAUCCCAUGUCAACUUUGCCACCACCUCAGCCUUCUCAGGA